AUGGCCCUCCGCGGGUGCCUCCGGCCGCGCAAAGUUCGCAGGAGGCGAGAGAUGCUGCCGCAGCAAGUUGGCUUCGUGUGCGCGGUGCUGGCCGUGGUGUGCUGUGCCUCCGGCCUCUUUGGCAGCUUGGGGCAUAAAACAGCUGCUGUUAGCAAGCAUGUUCUACCAGACACAUGGAGACAUAGAAGGCUGAUGGCACCUGUGAACGGGACUCAGACAGCUAGGAAUUGCACAGAUCCUGCGAUUCAUGAGUUCCCCACAGACCUGUUCUCCAACAAGGAGCGACAACACGGAGCCGUCCUGCUGCAUAUCCUUGGUGCUCUGUACAUGUUCUACGCCUUGGCCAUAGUCUGCGAUGACUUUUUUGUUCCGUCUCUGGAAAAGAUCUGCGAGAAGCUCCAUCUGAGUGAAGACGUCGCUGGAGCCACCUUCAUGGCUGCAGGAAGCUCGACGCCCGAGCUGUUUGCCUCCGUUAUUGGCGUGUUCAUCACCCACGGAGACGUUGGAGUUGGAACCAUCGUGGGCUCUGCUGUGUUCAACAUCUUGUGCAUAAUUGGCGUUUGUGGAUUAUUUGCGGGGCAGGUGGUCCGUCUGACGUGGUGGGCUGUGUGCCGAGACUCCGUGUACUACACCCUCUCUGUCAUCGUGCUCAUUGCUUUCAUAUAUGAUGAAGAAAUUGUGUGGUGGGAAGGACUGGUGCUCAUCAUCUUGUAUGCGUUUUACAUUCUGAUCAUGAAGUACAAUGUGAAGAUGCAGGCCUUUUUCACCAUCAAACAAAAGGCCGUUGCCAAUGGCAACACGGUCAACAGUGAGCUGGAGGAUGGUAAUGAUUACUGUGAUAGCAGUUCUGAUGACCCCUCCAUGCCAUUGCUGGGGCAAGUGAAGGAGGAGCCUCAGUACAGCAAAAACCCAGUGGUGAUGGUGGACGAGGUCAUGAGCUCCAGCCCUCCCAAGUUCAGCUUCCCGGAGGCGGGCUUACGCAUCAUGAUCACCAAUAAGUUUGGGCCCAGGACCCGACUGCGGAUGGCUAGCAGGAUCAUAAUUAAUGAGCGGCAGAGACUGAUCAGCUCGGCUAACGGUGUCAACAGCAAGCCACUUCAAAACGGGAGACACGAAAACAUCGAGAACGGGAAUGUUCCCAUGGAAAACCCCGAAGACCCUCAGCGGGAGCAGGAACAACAACCCCAGCCGCCACCCCCACCCCCAGAGCCGGAGCCGGUCGAGUCUGCCUUCCUGUCCCCCUUCUCCAUGCCCGAGGCAAGAGGGGACAAAGCCAAGUGGGUGUUCACCUGGCCACUCAUCUUCCUCCUGUGCAUCACCAUCCCCAACUGCAGCAAGCCCCGCUGGGAGAAAUACUUUAUGGUCACCUUCAUCACCGCCACGCUGUGGAUCGCUGUCUUCUCCUACCUAAUGGUGUGGCUGGUGACAAUUAUUGGAUACACGCUUGGGAUCCCCGAUGUCAUCAUGGGCAUCACUUUCCUGGCAGCGGGCACGAGUGUUCCAGACUGCAUGGCCAGCUUAAUCGUGGCGAGACAAGGCCUUGGUGACAUGGCGGUCUCAAACACCAUAGGAAGCAAUGUAUUUGACAUCCUGGUGGGACUCGGCAUACCGUGGGGCCUGCAGACCAUGGUUAUUAACUAUGGGUCCACGGUGAAGAUCAACAGCCGGGGUCUGGUCUAUUCCGUGGUGUUGUUGCUGGGCUCUGUCGCGCUCACUGUCCUCGGCAUCCAUCUCAACAAGUGGAGACUUGACCAGAAGCUGGGUGUCUGCGUGCUGGCCCUCUACGCUGUCUUCUUGUGCUUCUCCAUCAUGAUCGAGUUUAACGUCUUCACCUUCGUCAACUUGCCCAUGUGCCGAGAAGACAAUUAA